UCUCUCGCUCUUCCAAGCAUGGCUCCUACUGUUUAUGGAUCAGCUAACUUCUCCAAGGAACACCUGACUUCAUCUCACAAGCUGAGAAAGCCAAUGGUGGAGAAACUGCGGCGAGACCGCAUCAACACCAGCAUUGAGCAGCUCAAGUCCCUGCUGGGCCCAGAGUUCCUCCGACAGCAGCCCGACUCUAAGCAGGAGAAGGCAGACAUCCUGGAGAUGGCCGUGUGCUACCUGCGCACCUGGCAGCAGCAAAAAGCUAGCGUGUCAUCCUCCGCCAAUGACGGCUACGCUCACUGCAUGCACCAGGCUGUUGACUUCCUCUCACGUUGCAAGAUGCAGACCCCGGUCCAGAGGCGCUUGCUAGGACACUUCCAGGACCUGCAGGUGUCCAGGGGAGCUCCUUGCAGCGUGUCCCCACCGGGAUCACCCUUCCAGGGCAGCUCUACUAAGGGAGCCGGCCCAACCGGUGUCACCCUGUGGAGACCCUGGUAGUCACUUACUAGAACCAGAACCACAAGACUCAAUGAAGUCAAGUUCUUUUGGGUCACUGUGUGGCCAAAUGUAAUCCUUUGGGAGGACUCUAUGAUGUUCAUGUGGUCAUCAUGUGACCUUUAUGUGUAUGUUUGUCUUGUCUUUGACCAUGUCAAUUUAUUUUCAUCACACCCACAUUGGGUUUCAUUUACUGAAGUGUCUGAGACACACUUUUAAGUAACGUGCUUCUUUGAUACCGUGUAUCAUUUAAAUCAUCAUCCAAACAUGCAUCCUAUGGAUUCACUCACGUUGUCAAUAUAUUGAUCAAUUUAUUGAUUUAACACUAUUGCCACUAUCUGUAACCAUUAUUUGUGGUGUUUUUAAUGUGUCGUGUCAAUGCAGCUGUGUUGAUUUAAUGGAUGUUUUGUCAUCUUCUACGAAAUACCUUUUAGAAAGGAAUCAUGUGCUUCCUAGAGAAGUUUGCUCUGAAAAUAAAUGAAAAACUUCAUAUGAAGUUUU